UCAGUCAACGGCACAACAUUCAUCAUGAAAUCUACUUUGGUCCUUCUGGCUUUGGCUCUAGCCACCACCAUCGUUCGGGCUCAGACUACCGCCGAUCCAGCUUUGACCACAGUUGAUCCCGCUGCCACCACUGCUGAUCCUACAGCUACCACGGCUGCCCCUGUUGUCACCACAGUUGACCCAGCUAGUACCACAGUCGCUGCUACCACUGUUGAUCCUGCUCUUACCACAGUUGAUCCUACAGCAACUACUGCCGCUCCUGCAGUAACCACGGCUGCCCCUGUGGUUACCACAGUUGAUCCUGCAGCUACCACCGUUGCUCCAGCUGUCACCACUGCUGCUCCCGCUGUCACCACUGCUGCUCCCGCUGUCACCACUGCCGCACCCGCCGCUACCACAGUUGCACCUGCUGUAAGCACAGUCGCUCCGAAGUCCCCCACCAUCACCAGAACCAUGCGUCCCCGUAAGCACUCGUCUGAGAAGAAGCGCUCGUCCAAGGAGCUGCGCUUCGGCGGACGUAAGUCCUUCGAGAAGGUAUCGAAGGAGCGUCUCCAGGGACGCAAGGCGUACGAGAAGGCAUCCAAGGAGCGUUCCGGCAAGCGGGGUUAAGUGACUUCGACAUUGUAAUUUGAGUAAAUAAA